AUGGGUCAAGGAGCAUCUUCGCACGGUCAAAAGAAGAAGGACAAGAAACAAAAGCCUAAAUAUGAGCCUCCAGUAGAGUCAAAGUUUGGUAGGAAAAGAAGAAAGGGUCCAUCUACUGUAGAGAAACUUCCUAGCGUUUAUCCAAGCACAAGAUGUAAGCUAAAGCUUCUAAGGAUGGAGCGUAUCAAGGAUCAUUUGUUGUUAGAAGAAGAGUUUGUGACGAACUCAGAGAUCUUGAAGCCGUUUGAGAAGAAGCAAGAGGAAGAAAAGAAGCAGCUAGACGAUAUUAGAGGAACUCCGCUAUCGAUUGGUACUUUGGAAGAAAUUGUGGACGAUGACCAUGCGAUUGUGACGAGUCCAACAACCCCUGAUUACUACGUCUCUAUUUUGUCGUUUGUUGACAAGGAAUUGUUGGAACCAGGGUGUUCCGUGCUUCUACAUCACAAGACCAUGUCUGUUGUUGGUGUUUUGCAAGAUGACGCAGACCCAAUGGUUUCUGUGAUGAAGAUGGACAAAUCGCCAACGGAAUCCUACAGCGAUAUCGGUGGUUUGGAAGCACAAAUUCAAGAGAUUAAGGAAGCGGUAGAACUCCCUCUUACACAUCCGGAACUAUACGAAGAAAUGGGUAUCAAGCCUCCUAAGGGUGUCAUUCUCUAUGGUGCCCCAGGUACAGGUAAGACUCUAUUAGCAAAGGCCGUGGCCAACCAAACUUCAGCUACUUUCCUAAGAAUCGUCGGUUCGGAAUUGAUUCAGAAAUAUCUAGGUGAUGGUCCAAGGCUUUGUAGGCAGAUUUUCAAAGUCGCAGCAGAUAAUGCCCCAAGUAUAGUGUUCAUCGAUGAAAUCGAUGCCAUUGGUACAAAAAGAUACGAUUCAAAUAGCGGUGGUGAAAGAGAAAUUCAGAGAACAAUGUUAGAAUUGUUGAAUCAAUUGGAUGGGUUCGAUGAUAGAGGUGAUGUGAAGGUUAUUAUGGCCACAAAUAAGAUCGAAACUUUGGACCCCGCUCUAAUUAGACCAGGAAGAAUAGACCGUAAGAUUUUGUUCGAAAACCCAGAUAUCUCAACCAAGAGAAAAAUUCUAGGUAUCCAUACCUCCAAAAUGAACUUAGCUUCGGAUGUCAAUCUUGACUCGUUGGUCACCUCAAAGGACGAUCUUUCUGGUGCUGACAUAAAGGCUAUGUGUACAGAAGCCGGGCUUUUGGCUCUAAGAGAACGUAGAAUGCAAGUCACGGCCCAAGAUUUCAAGGAAGCAAAAGAAAGGGUCCUCAAAAACAAGGUGGAAGAAAACUUGGAAGGUCUAUACUUGUAA